CAAUGAAGUGGAUCUUGAUAGUAACGUUCCUAGAAUCGAUAUCAGCUAGUAUCGAUAUCGAAAUUUCCGCUGAACUCGAUACUAACAACACGAAAUCAAAUCACAAAGGCGAAUUAUCAAAUAGAACUACAAGUUUUGAGUUAUUUGGGCUAAGCGACGACAAGUUAAAAAGCUGCUUAAAAACCUACAUGGGAAGAGUUCCGGAUAAGAUAUUUUUUAAUAACUCAAAUCCCUGGGAUUUAUAUCGAAAGUACGGCUGGAAUGAAAUCGUAAAAGUCGUGGUACCUAAAUACGUUGACGUAAUAAAAAUAACAAAGCAACGUAAAAGUUUGAAGGAACGUUUUUAUUAUAACACGAAUGUAAACAAAGUGAAUUUCAGUGUUUCAAUUUGCGAAAAAGUAGAGAACUCCUUUCGUGUGUCGUGGAAUGGUCCGGUGGGCAUCGAAGGAAUUAUCAACUAUGAUAUAAGACUCGCAACGCAAAAUCGGGCAUCCUCAUUCAAGUUCAACGCGAGUUUUGGUCAAGACUCGCAAUUCACGGUACCGAUCACGCUGGGUCACGGGUUCUGUGCGAACGUCACCCUAGUCCCUGGGCAGCUGGCGCGGGCAGAACUGACCGUGGACAUCACCACAGUCGGAAUACAGAUAGCAUACGAAGCUUAUCUGUCUGGCGUUGUGGCUUUGGCUUACGACCGUCCGCAUAACGGCCAUCAUUUUUGGGCGCCGAACAUAGACCACGUUCUGUACACUUGCGGCCAGAAAAACGGCGUCACCUCCAAGCAAUAUAUAAACAUUAGUUAUUACGACAACGCGAAUCUUGUGUUCUUAGAUUUGAAUAGCGGUAUUACGGUGGACGCAUUUCGUGUGCCGGCGUCUGAAUAAU